UUUAUGCCCUUUGCCCAUCUUUACCAAGAGAAACUCCUACAAUACGUACAGCUGGCAAAUCCUUCUUUGAUUUCUCUUACAGGUCCUACUGCUUGUGAAGUCCAGCGUUUUACAUCGGCACAGAAGGGGGAUGUAUAUGUGCCAUCUUGUGAAGAUGAUGGGAGUUAUAAGUCUAUGCAGUGCCAAGAAGGGGCACAAUGUUGGUGUGUGGACUAUAAGGGACAGGAAAUUAGUGGAUCAAGGACUGUGGGGAAAUCACCAAAGUGCGAUAAUUUUGAAGACUGUACUACCAAAAGAAGACAAGCCCUCUCCACCCUGUUCUUUGGGCCUGUGGGCAGUCAACAGAAUUUGUUCUUUACUCAAGAAGAGUUCGGGGCAAAAAUCGGCCCAAAUUUCUGCUCUUCCUACGUUGUAGAUACAUUUCUGAAUUCUGGUAUCCUGGCUGAAGCUGGUCAAGAUGCAUUAGAUUUGAAGCUUCAACCCAAAACUUUCCUAGUUGAAACGAUUCUUGGGCUUUUCACUUCCAAAACACAAAUACAAUUUGCUUUACAAUUCUCUUCUAAUCCUAUAAAAUUUCAACAAACCCUCUUUGGGGGCAAAUUUCUAAAAAAUGUGGGCUCCUUUAACUUCACCGGCGCAGUCGGUACCAAUAGCAAAUUUAGUUUUAGUAAUUUAUUUCAACAAAUUGGCUUGACAGGAACGUACAGUGGAGGAAACUUAAAGGAACUUGCAAAAUUGUUUUCCUCAGAAGAAGAUUCCUACUUGACGAAAGAUUCAUCAAACACCUCACAGCCAGACUUUAACCUGAACCAACCCAUACUGUCCAGUUUUGGCCAUACAGUGAAUCUACAGGAAAACCGCAAACGCGUUGAAUUCUUUGAGUCUAUCUUGGAACGUAAGGAGUUUUUAUUGUUUCUACAAGAUGUGAUUUCCAUUCCACCGUAUAUGGCUGAAGACAUUAAUGAAGCUGUGAAGAUACUGGUGGAGUCUGAAGCCUGUGAGAAGAGACCAGAUGGGGUUAUUGUCCCGACAUGUACUAAGGAUGGCAGAUAUGAAGAAAUCCAGUGUAGUAAAUCUGAAUGUUGGUGUGUGGAUGAGCGAGGUCUGGAAAUUCAAGGAACAAGGACGCAAGAUCAACAACCAAGAUGCAACUCAAAAUGUGUGAAGGAGCGGACGACUCAAAUAGCUUUCCAGAGAAGCCAACCUGCGGGGUCAGAUGUGUAUAUUCCAGCUUGUGACCAGAAAGGGAACUAUUUGACAGUGCAGUGUGCGGGCAAACAUUGCUUUUGCGUUGACCUAGAUGGCAAGAAUAUUCCUGGAACUCAAAAAUUGUCUGGACAAGAUAUUCAAUGUCCCACUUCUUGUCAACUGGUGGCCAGUGAUGCCUUUUUACAGACCAUAAAGUCGCUGUUAUCUUUGCCCACCGCAACCCUUGAUCCUUUACAAAUUUACAUCCCCCAAUGCUCCCCUGAAGGAGAAUGGAGAACAAUCCAGUGCAGUGGCCCAACAGAGCAAGCCUUCGAACUAUACGAGAGGUGGACAAAACAGAAUGGAACGGUCUCUGUCUCUGAGACUCUGAAAGUCAUCCUCAAGUAUAAAGAAUCUAAAUCUCAAAGGUUUUCUGACUUUGUGCAGACCCUUUAUGACAAUGGGUAUCAGAACGUUUUCCCUGCAUUCUCCCAAUAUUCCCUUUUUAGUGAUGUUCCACAGGAGAUCUUGGAAGGCAAUGUCACCAUGUUAUCCUCCAAUAACAUUCUGCUGAACCCUUACAUUUUCUGGAGACUGAUAAGCGACAGUCUUUCCUACUAUCCAGGGUCAUACAGUGAUUUUUCCACACCUCUGGGACACCUGGACACACGUAGUUGUUGGUGUGUGAAUAUGGAUGGAGAAAAGCUUGAAGGCACUGAAGUGCCACCAAACAAGAUCCCAAGAUGCCCUGGGACUUGUGGGUUAGCUAAGUUGAAGACUUCAAGCUUCCUAGAAGACACCAAGAGCCUCAUUGCUGCAUCAAAUUCUUCCCGUUUUCCCUUGGCCUAUGGCUUCUUAUUGGCCAAUGUUCUCAGGCUGUCUGAGAGAGAUCUUCUGUACACACAGGAUCAGAAAUCUAGCUUGGUGUUAUUGGAGAAGUUCUUGAGUGAAGAGGCUUAUGGUGUUAAGCUUGCUGCCUAUUCCAGUACGGCUCUGCAGUUUUUCUGGCAAAAUAGAGUGAACUCUAGAGAGACCACCCAGUUGUCAUAUGUCCCAUACAGCCCUCAAUGUGAUGGACUUGGAAACUGGGAGCCGGUUCAGUUUUAUCAGGGUGCAGGUCAUUACUGGUGCGUCGAUGAUGAAGGACGUUAUAUUCCUGGUUCCCUUGGGACGAGAAGUUCUGGGCCUCCACAGUGUCGGACCUCCUGCCAACAAGCUCAGGCCAAUUCUUUGAUCUCUAACUGGAUGCCAACACAAUCUACUGCUGGGAAGACUGGUGCCGCCAAUCUUUUUGUACCGCGCUGUACUGAGACUGGCCGAUUUGCUACUCUGCAAAAAUCAGAAACCGAGUCCUGGUGCGUGAAUUCGAUAACUGGCAAAGUUAUCUGGCAAGACUUGGCUGGUUUGGAGAACGCCACAUGUCCCAGUCUUUGCAUCAAAUCUGGAGACAACAUUAUUGGGGAAACGCAUAUUCCCUCGUGUGAUGAAAAUGGAAACCCCACCCGGGAGCAGUGCGAUCUGGAGAGAAGCCAGUGUGUCUGUGUCUUCAUACAUGGGGAAGAGGCUGCAGGAACACAAGUGACCAGGGCCGGAAAGCCAGGAACUAUCUGUCAGGCUCCGCUUUGUCCACUUCCAUUUGGGGCUUGGGAUGUCAAAUAUGGAUCUGUUUUCUGUGAGGAGUAUUUGGAGAUGGGGGAGAAGUUACAGAGAUGUCACAUUAUAUGUCACAAAGGCUACAGCAAUAUGUUCUCCGCCAGUCCAUUAACAUGUGACCCAAAAACUCAGCAAUGGACCCCACAGCCUCCUCAUGUCCAGGCCUGUCAAAGGCUGGAGUCCUUCCAAACCAUCCAAUCUCAGGCCUGGUUCCAGCUCAUGUUGCCUCCUGGUAAAAUGUGCAUGGCUGACUAUGCUGGGACACUGCAAGCUUUUCAGUCAUUCAUCUUGGAUGACCUAAGAUCACGCGGAUUGUGUAAUGUUCAGAUACCCAGUUUCAAGAAUAAUGAAGAAAGACGUCUGACGCUAUGUGAUGACUCUGCGGUCUACGUUCAGUGUUUGUCCUCAAGCCGACUAGGAGUAAAUAUAACAUGGACAGCUCAGCUACGAAACAUCCCAGAGUCCUCUCUGCCCAGUCUACGUGACAUUGAAGCCGCUAUCACUGCCGAGGACUUGGCCGGGCGCCUCUUAUCUCUCAUCAGAACUGGCAGCUUCUCUCUGAACUUGGAUUCCAAACCAUUUGUGGCAGAUAAAUCCGAUUUCCUCCCGGAGGACGCGGCCUCUCAUCUCACACUCGGUUGCGCUAUCGGAUUCCAGAAAGUCCUGUAUUCCAGGGCAGAGGAAAUUAGGGAUGUGGGCGGCUGCGGUAUUUGUCCGGCUGGAAGCUCCUCGGUGGAUGGGGAAUGCACACCCUGCCCUGUGGGGUCAUAUCAGGAAAAAGCUGGGACUACUAGAUGCCUCCAGUGCCCUCUGGGAACCACCACCCGCUACUCUGGGGCUUAUAGCUCCAACCACUGUGUCACCGACUGCCAGAGCAAUGAGCGCGGUUUACGAUGCGAUGACCAAGGUCGAUUCCUCCCGUCCCAGCGAGAUGCAGUAAACCAGUAUUUCUGCACCGACCGAUCUGGGGAGAAACUGCUGUGGACGAAAAGUAACCGGGAGCUCACGGAUGAUCAGUGCUUGUUGUUACAAAAGUUUGAACUAGUCCCUGACGGCAAUUUGUUGUUCAGUAAUGCAAGUUCGGGUGCGGAUCAGUCCAUCCAAGUAAAGGAGAAGAGGGGCCAACUUCUCGACUGUAUUGUGGAUUGUUCUACAGAUGAGGAUUGUGACUACUUCACCGUUUCUACAAACGGCACUGGCGUGACGUGUCAGCUGUACUCCGGGGAAGGAUCCAACAUAGUGUGCACCACCGAUAGUCAAAUUCCUGAUGCCCUGGGUAACUCCGCAUCCUCCAGCAUGGAAGGACUCCGCUGCCAGUAUAAAGUAAAUCUGAUAACAGUGGGCAAUGUCGCUGCAUACCGAAAACGAGGACAAGAGUUCAGAGGUCACAGAGGAUUCACACGCACUGAGUUCGGCAAUACAGUCACUGGAGUGUACAGCGCAAUGCUUUUCCCAUCCAGUGGUGGCGCCAAAUUGACCGAUGGAUAUUUCAUGUGCCGCCAGAAGUGUACACAAGACUCCUGCUGCGCUGGGUUCAUACUCAGCCAGGUCAUACUAAAUCAAGGUACCACCAUAUGUGCUCUGCUAAGGUCUCCAGACACUUUACUGUGUAGUAUAAAUGACUGGAGUAAAACCUCCUUACUGGGUGGAGAUGGAAUCUGCAGAGGAGUCAAAUCCAACCCGGAGCAGAAGAAGUUCUCAUUUUUCUUAGGAGGACAGGAGUUUUCUGGAAGUUACUCAUUGCUAUCUCAGAGUAUAGGGAUGGUAGAUUACAGUCUGAAAUUGACCGAAGAAAUGAAGGCGCAAAUUCAGGAGCUAUUCUUUGGUUUUCAGCGAGUUUUCCUUCGUAAAGAUUUUGAGAAGACACAACUGACACCUACCGGCUGUCCACGGGUAGAGAUUAGGACCAACUCUACCAGUGUUUCAGCGUCUGCCAGGGAACGCUUCCUUCCAGUCAACAGUGAAGAGGUUGUUAUAAAUAAAAAUAUUACAGUAGCCAAUGUAAAAUAUUGGAUUUCUAAAGACCAUUAUUCAUCUGACCAAGCCCUGUCCUGGUGUCUGACGCGUUGUCUUGAAGAAGAGUCUUGGUGUCGUCUUGCAGAUUUACGAGACAGGACGGCGAAGUAUUUUUCAUGUCUCAUUUACCCGGACACAUGGAAUUGUAAUAAUCCCGCUGACUCUCCUCCAGAUCAUUGCGACAUCGCUCUGCACGAGAAGCCGCAGUCCCUGUAUCACAGGAGAGGGACUCUAGGUAACAAGGUGAAGCAUUUCUACAGCCUCAUCCCGUACCGCACCCUAUCCGCCAUAUCAAUGCGAAACCGGAUAACAGUGACCGGGACAAGUGUUUCCAAUGGAUUUUUCCAGUGUGAGCUCCAUUGUGAUGCGGAUCCUUGUUGUAAAGGAUUUGGAUACGUCCAACAAGCCGGGAUACAAGGGGCGGAAAGGAUUUGUUUACUGGUCUCCAGUCUUGGGGUUCAGUCCUGUGCGGAUAAAGAUGGCGACUCUUGGCGUGUUUCCAACUGCACUUUACCCAGCAAGGGGAUGGAGGCUUUGCCAUUUGGAUGGUACCAGAAGCCAGGUCACCAGAAAACGAUGGCCCCAGCACUGUGCCCCUCCACUGAUAUCUUUUCUAAUGCAGAACCAGAAGUAUCUAUGGAUGACUGGAUCACCCUGGACGCUUCCUCCGUUCUCCUUGAUACUUCUCUCUCUAAAUACGACGCGGUACAGAUCGACCUGAAUUCAGCGACGAUCCCUUCAGCCCAGCGCCAUUGCCUAUCAGUAUGUGACGGGGCCACGUCCUGCAUUACCACAGCGAUCAGUGUUCAGCAAACAGCCAUGAAAUGUACGUUUUAUCCAGAAACACAGACCUGUUCCUAUAGUCUGAGGGGUCCUCGCUGUCAACUUAUGGUCAGAGAGCCGGCGACCUUCAUCUACAGAAAGAAAGCUCCUGCACGUCCUGUGGCCUCACUGACCAUUUCACAAGGCGACAUUGUGGGAAAACCAGAAUCCAUUUCCAUCGGUUCCAACAUCAAGAAUGUCAAUCAGUUCCUGGGCAUACCUUACGCAGCUCCCCCCACUGGAGAGAACCGUUUCCACCCCCCUCAGCCAUAUACUUGGACGGGCACAUGGAAUGCCACCUAUAUCAGGCCCAGCUGUCUGCAGCCCGGGGAUGGAAAGGCUCAGUAUUCGUCGGUCAGCGAGGACUGCUUGUACCUAAAUCUAUUUGUUCCACAAAAUUCUAGGGUGAACGUCCCCGUCCUCCUGUAUUUCCACAAUAGCCCCAAAGACUACGCUGAAAAUGGACAGACGUUUGUGGACGGCUCUUACCUGGCGGCCAUAGGAGACAUCGUGGUGGUCACUGUCGGUUACAGAGUUGGCGUCUUUGGUUUUUUAAGCCCAGGUAACACUAUGCCCAAUGGGAACUGGGGUCUUCUGGAUCAGUCUGCAGCCCUGAAAUGGGUUCAGGAAAAUAUCGCUUACUUUGGUGGUGACCCUGAGCAGAUCAGUAUUAUCGCUGACCGAGCGGGCGCCGAUCUUGCCAGUAUUCACCUAUUACAGGAGGCAAAACCCAUUCGAAGAGCCGCACUCAUGGGAGGCUCUGUCUUUUCUCCAAUGUUACCUGUAAGUGAGAGACGAGCCCGACAACAAGUACAAUCAUUGGCGGAAGAAGUGGGAUGUCCUGUUGCUGGAAAUGAAGAGACCUUGUCCUGUCUACGCAAAGUAGAUGCCAACGCACUUAAUGCAGCACAAACCAAGCUUUUGGCUGUACGAGGACCAUUUCAGACUUGGGGACCAGUGGUUGAUGGUAUUUACCUCCGAGAUACACUGUCAUACUUACUAGAGCAGAAGACCACCCAAAAGAUAGACCUACUUAUUGGUAGUUCUGAACAUGAUGGUUUAGUCGGCAGAUCUAUGGCAAUAAAGAGGUUUGAAGAAGCUGAAGGAAGAGGUGAGAGCAACAUGGCCUUUUACCAGGCGCUCCAGAACUCCCUAGGAGGAGAGGAGAUGAACCCACAGGUCCAGGCGGCAGCGGUGUGGUACUACUCCCUCCAGCAUUCCUCCGAUGACUAUGCCGUGUUUUCCAGAGCCUUGGAGAACUCUACACGAGACCACUUCAUAAUUUGUCCUGUGGUCAAAAUGGCCCAACACUGGUCUGUGAAUGGGAAGGGCCGCGUAUACAUGUACUAUGUUCCUGAGACCUUCUCCCAGGGCAGCUCCAGUCUGGAUCUGCCAGAAGAUAUCAUGUACGCUUUCGGGAUUCCCUUCCAUUCAAACUAUAGGAGUCAGUUUUCUAUGGAAGAACAGAAUCUUUCCUUACAGGUUAUGCAAUACCUGGCCAACUUUGUAAGAACAGGAAACCCCAACUUUUCAUACAGCUUUUCACGGAAAAGGAACGUGGCUUUACCGUCAUGGCCUGAGCAUCGGGCGCACAGCAGUGGGGGCAGAUAUAAGGAAUUCACUGAGCUCCUACCAAAUUAUCAGGGGCUGAAGAAAGCUGAGUGCUCGUUCUGGAAUCAGCUCAUCCCAGUCCUGAAAUCAUCUGCGAGUUUACAAGCUGAAGCCGGGCCCAGCAGAAACAGCACAGAGAGGGGAUCAGCAUCUGCAGUGACAGAAGGCAAAGACUCCUACGCCUGACGGACCUGUAUUCCUGCGCAGCCAUGACGCCAUCCCGCCGCCUAUUACAUUACAUACUAAGGUCUCUGUCCGAAAAAACACCCAAUUUGUAUAAAAUCACCUCCUGUCCGGCCGCGCCAUGUUCUCAGCCAGAAUGAAAUCCUUGUUCCUGUCUUUGUUACAAUAAAGUGAUUCACAAUGUUUUAUUAUUCCGGCCUCAU